UUGAUAAUGAUUCAGAUGAUGAGAUAGAAGAGAUUAAUGAAGAAAAUGAGCAAGCUAUUAACGUGGAUAAUUGGAAUGAAAUCGUGCAAUGGUGGACUAAGAUGAUCUCUGAAGAAGAGGAAGAUGAGGAAGAUGAAAUCGAUUUUACUAUAGGUGAAGAUAAUGUAGAACGAAUUAUUAAUGAUACAGAACAUCCGGCUAUUAACAAUGAUACAAAGUGGAAACUAAAAAUGCUGUUCAAAGACAACAUUCCUGCUCCAGCAUUUAUUUGUGACUUGUAA